AUGCCGAACAAAUUGACAGCGAAAAUUGGGCCCUCGAUUUUAAAUGCCGAUUUGGCACAACUUGCGGAAGAAUCACAAAAAUUAGUUAAUAAUGGUGCUGAUUAUUUACAUUUAGAUGUUAUGGAUGGACACUUUGUGCCUAACCUUACUUUCGGCCAUCCGUUGGUAAAAUGUCUCCGUAGCAAAGUAAAAGAUAUCUUUUUUGAAACACAUAUGAUGGUUUCGAAUCCAGACCAGUGGAUAGAACCUAUGGCUGAUGCUGGUGUCGACCAGUACACAUUUCAUGUGGAACCUGUAAAGGAUGUUCCAUUAGUUUGUAGAAAAGUAAGAGAAGCAGGAAUGAAAGUUGGAGUAGCACUUAAACCUGGAACUCCAGCAGACACAGUUGUGGAGUAUGUUGAUCUAGCAGAUAUGGUAUUAAUUAUGACUGUUGAACCAGGUUUUGGUGGACAAAAAUUCAUGGACUCAAUGAUGGAAAAAGUAUUGUGGCUAAGGAAAAAUUAUCCUACAUUAGACAUAGAAGUAGAUGGUGGUGUUGGACCAGCUACUAUUGAUACAUGUGCAAAAGCUGGUGCAAACAUGAUCGUUUCUGGAACAGCUGUAAUAGGAUCUUCUGAUCAAGCAAAAGUUAUAAAAACUUUAAGAGACACAGUGAAUUGUGCGUUGCAGAAUAGCUGAAAAUAGAAAAUAAAGUAAUGUUAAUGAAAUUAA